GAAUUAAGUCUAUGCUUUUCCUCCUACUCCCUCUACAAAUGUAUGUCUAUUAAUUACUAUGGACGAUGUUGUUACGUUGCUGAAAGUACCAUGUAACCACUCUUUCAAAAUAUUAACAACCGCAUAACUAUAUAUAGCAAUACACUAUUUCAUCACUCACAUUUGUUUGCUAAAAUCUUUUUUUAGCCGCAGAAUUCAUUAAAAAGAAGGCAGAACCUUACAUAGCUCUCUUUAAAGGUUGAGUAAGUCAGAUAAUGAAACAAAAAAUAAAUGCAAGCAUGACUCUAUCUCAAAGAAAUGUCUGUGUGUCGGCUUCAGAGUAAGAAACUCCUAAGUCAUAGUAUACAGUAUAUAUAAUUUGACUUUUAUUCCGUAUUUUCUAAAAAUCUGCAUGUAGUUUUAAAAAAUACUGUGAAUUUACAUUUUACAUUAAUUUUGUGCAUACAAGGAAAAUGAAUGAAAUGUUCAAUGAACUGUAUAUCAGAAGGAUUCAAAACCGCACUUCUUGUUGCUAAAAUUAGCAUGACUGGUUAAAGAAGGAAUUCCCUUUGGGCUUAGGUCCAAGGUAGCAUGAUGUCCAGGGCUAACAUUAAUCCCUAAAUUGCAUUGUGCCCUCAAAACUGGCAAACCACUAUCAACAGGGACACUCUCAAGGACAGUGGUAGUAUUUUAGAAUUAUUACUUUUCUCUUUAUACCUGUGUGCUAUAGACUGAAAUUCCAAAUUGAAGUUUUUUUUAUCAAUAGUAUAUCAUUUUACAUCGUUCAUCUAUAAUUCAUUACCUGAGUGCAGCAAGGGAGGCAGUGUUGUGAAUUGUACACUGGUAAACUACUUGGUGGAACCAUGCUUUCUUUUAAGGUGUAUAAUUAUAUUUAAAAUCAACAUUUAGUUUUGUGCCUAAUUUUCUUUGAAAAUAUGGAUUUAUUAUCUGAGGGUUGCAGUUGAUGACUUUUUGAUACCAUAUUAAUAUGUUUGCUGCCGCUACCAAGAGCUUUGUCAAGCAAGUUGGAGAUGGAGGGAGAUUAGUUCCUGUUCCAAGUCUCAGUGAGGCUGACAGAUACCAACCUCUAAGUCUGGUGGUAAAAAAGAAGCGGUGCUUUCUGCUUCCUAGAUAUAAAUUUACUUCCACGCCUUUUACACUAAAAGAUAUUCUUCUAGGAGACAGAGAAAUUUCAACUGGUAUUUCAUCUUAUCAAUUACUGAAUUAUGAAGAUGAAUCAGAUGUGUCUCUUUAUGGAAGGCGAGGCAACCAUAUUGUCAAUGAUGUUGGGAUUAAUGUUUCUGGAUCAGAUUCCAUUGCAGUAAAAGCUUCAUUUGGUGUAGUAACCAAACAUGAAGUAGAAGUACCAACAUUACUCAAGGAAAUUACUACCCGAAAAAUUAAUUUUGACCACAGCUUAAUACGUCAGUCAAGGAGCAACAGAAAGGCAGUAUUAUGCGUGGUCAUGGAGAGCAUUCGAACCACACGACAGUGCUCACUGUCUGUGCAUGCUGGAAUUCGUGGAGAAGCUAUGAGGUUUCAUUUUAUGGAUGAACAGAAUCCCAAGGGAAGGGACAAAGCUAUUGUUUUUCCAGCACACACAACCAUAGCUUUCAGUGUUUCUGAACUCUUCAUCUACUUGGAUGGUGCCUUUGACCUUUGUGUCACUUCAGUGUCAAAAGGAGGAUUUGAAAGGGAGGAAACAGCAACAUUUGCACUGCUCUACAGAUUGAGAAAUAUACUAUUUGAAAGAAACAGAAGAGUGAUGGAUGCCAUUUCUCGUUCACAGCUUUACUUAGAUGAUCUUUUUUCUGACUACUAUGACAAACCUCUCAGCAUGACUGAUAUUUCACUCAAAGAAGGGACUCAUAUUCGAGUUAAUUUACUUAAUCACAAUAUCCCAAAAGGGCCUUGCAUACUUUGUGGAAUGGGGAACUUAAAAAGGGAGACAGUUUAUGGGUGCUUUCAGUGCUCUGUUGAUGGGCAGAAGUAUGUGAGACUUCAUGCAGUUCCUUGUUUUGAUGUUUGGCACAAGAGAAUGAAAUAAAAUGAAAAGUGUACCAGUUGCUAUUUGGGUGCAACCAUUCUACGUACCUUUCCAAAAUUCUCUAGGGUUGCUUUGGUGAAUUGCAGCAAAUUGAAGGAGAAAGAAAAACUAACUUGUCUGGGCAUCAUUUUCCCAUCUAUAAAAUGGAGAUGAUAACUGUGCCUACCUCAUAAAUUGUUAUGAAGUUUAAUAUUAUUAUUUAUGUUAAAAAAGGUUUAAGUAUAGAAUUCAGAAUAUGAAGGUGUUCCUUCAUAACACCUGCUGGUCACUUGAGAAAUGUUUUUUAAGAUUUAGUCUAUUGUUUUAGAUAGCUUUUUACAUAGAUUUUUCUAAAUAUUAUUUGUAAUCUGCAUUUAAUUCAACAUUUAAGGAU